UAAUCUCAGCUCGAGUCCUGUUGCUUCUAACUCCUUUAUAGCUACGCAUUGCUUGACACUCGGUCGCCUGAAGCAGGACAGCCAUUCGUAUCUGAUCGAUCUGGUGAGACAGAAAAUGGGAAAUAUGGAUAUCCUUGCAAAAGCCAAGAGCUUGUGGAUGAAAUUCAAUGUCCGAGGGGCGAUCCUUACGAGCCUAUCUCUGCAAGUCUUUCUCGUUCUUUUCGCGCCCAUUCGAAAGAGGUGUUCAAACAGGGGGUUCAUGAUGCUCGUCUGGUCAGCUUACUUGGGUGCCGACUUGGUCGCUAACUAUGCCUUGGGACUCAUUUCCAGAGCCCAAAUCACGGGUGGUGCUCCAGACUCCAAGGCCGAUGCAUAUAGCGACCUCUUGGCUUUUUGGGCUCCAUUUCUUCUGCUACAUCUCGGAGGACAAGACACCAUAACCGCUUUCGCGCUCGAGGAUAAUGAGCUGUGGCAUAGGCACUUGCUUAAUCUCUUAUUCCAGCUAGGCGUUGCAGGCUAUGUAUUUUUCCAAUCCUUCCCCAGUAGCAAGCUAAUUGUCCCGACCGUCUUCAUCUUUGUUGGUGGAACCAUUAAAUACAUAGAGCGAAUACGUGCUCUGCAUCUCGCCAGCUUCAGUAAAUUCCAGGACUCCUUGCUCCCACGUACUUAUUUCGUGGAAGAAGACAAUAGCACCAGGAACUUGGCCAUGGCGCUGGAGUCCAAAUUUCAAUCGGAACAUGUUGGAGCGGAAGAUGUAAACAUUUUGGAUGACAGAACAGUGAUACAAAAGGCGUUUUUUUGCUUCACGGCCUUCAAAGGCCUCCUCGUGGAUCUCACCUUCAGCUUCAAUAAACGCGAAAUCAGCCACCGAUUUUUUGGGAGCAGAGCGGCGGAGGAUGCUUUUCAGGUCAUCAAGGCUGAGCUCAACUUCUUUUAUGAUGUUCUUUAUACCAAGGCUGCCGUUGUUCACUGUCCGACAGGGUACUUUUUCCGAGCUAUCUCAGUUGGCUGCAUCGUUGCUGCUUUUGCAAGUUUCUAUGUCCUGAACAAGCGUGGUUUUCACGAAUAUGAUAUGCAGAUUGCAUACACCUUGCUCCUUGGAGCUAUUGGCCUGGAAUUUGUAGCUCUCGGUAGGCUCAUUUGCUCUGACUGGACAAUUGCAAAUUUAUCCCGACCUGAGGGACUUGGUAGACGUUUAUUGAAUGGAAGCAUCUUCAUCGAGGCCCUGCUCAAGUUCAAAUCUAAAAGUUCACCAUUUGCAUUGCAUAUACUACAUGCUAGAUGGUCUAAAUCUAUCUUCCAGUACAAUUUUUUAGAUUCGGGGCUGGUAAAGUGGCCAAAGUGCAUUGAGAAACUCCUUGGAAUCACAUCUCUGGAGGAGUUUUUUGAUGACUUGAGGUUUGGACGAGUAAAACAAUACAGUGAAACAUUAGGCGAACUGAUUUUUGAAGAGUUGAAACGGAAGGCAUCUUGGGGAAGCACAAAUGAGAUUUGUGCUUCCCGAGGUAAAUGGGCUCUGGAGCAUACUAAAUCUGAAAGCCAUUGCGAAAACUUGCUUCCAUUCGUCUGUGACGUUGAUUAUGGAAAGAGCCUUUUAAUGUGGCACAUCGCCACCGAUGUCUGUUACCACACUGAUGAGAGUCCAAGCCCCCACCGUCAUGCCAGUAAGGUCUUGUCAGAUUACCUUUAUUAUCUUAUGAUCAAACAACCUAAAAUGACGUCUGCAGGGGCUGCGAUUGACCAAAUAAGGUUUCGAGACACUUGUGCCCAGGCAGACGUGCUCUUCGAUGGUCUAAGCAGUCGGAAGUGGACAACGAGAGGGAAUGCCUGCCGAACUCUACUUUCUGUCGCCACAGGAUUGGUCCCACAUGCAGUGACAGAAGAAACAAGCAAAUCUGCGCUCCUUGAUGCCGUGGUUCUCGCUAAAGAGUUGGGAAAUUUUGAGGACGAGAAGUGA